GUUCGGAGAGGUCGUGUUUUCUUAGAUGCUGAUUGUAUGUAAUUCGAAACUGACUGGAAACUGUGGAAUCGCCGGCUAGAGUUCGAAGUAAAGUGACAUUCAAGUGUUUUAAAGUUGAUAUCUCCCACGGACUCGUGCGCGUUCUUCCGAGACCGCAACAAUUGCGCCGUACAUCGGUUGAUCUUCUUAGAACGAACGCAACCCGCUGUGAUCAAAUUUCCACAUUUCCAACGGCGGUGGAAGCGCAGCAGCGGCGCGACAGCAGUGUGCAUAACCCGAAUGCAACACGGUGGCAGCGGUCACGCGACGAGCAGUGAAAUUUACAUUCAGCGCACGCAUUUGGCUAGACCUACGGGCCUGCUGUCUUCCAGUGAUUUCAAAUUACGAUUAUUUGCGGUGAUUACGAAUCAAUUCAAAAAAGUCGUUCAUCGAUUCAUCAGUGCAAGUGUUUCAAAACUUUCAGUUGUGAGUCUGUGAUAUAAUCAGCCCAGUGUAAUCUCAGCAAACGUUGUUGGUGCUUGGCAAAGUAAAAUCGCACACCAAGUGUCAAUUAAAAACUGAAAAAAUCUCGCUGUGCGAGUAGUAUGGCUCCACCCAAUAAUGAACUAUUGUCGCAAGUGAUUGUGCCACCUCGCAGGAAGAAUCUGCCCGAACAUGAAGAGGACGUUACCUGUCAACAGUCAACAAAGCCGACUGUCGAUUGGGAAGGACCAGCAGCACAAGGUCUUUAUGAUCCACAAAACGAGCAUGAAGCCUGCGGUGUCGGUUUCAUCGUUUCGAUCGAAGGAAAGGCUAAUCAUAAGAUCUUGCGUGAUGCCCAAACGCUUUCCAUUCGUAUGAAUCAUCGCGGAGCUUGCGCCUGUGAUAACGAUACUGGCGACGGCGCCGGUGUUUGCGUGUCAAUUCCGCAUGACCUGUAUGCCAAGGAUUGUGAACUUAAUGGCAUUCAACUACCGGAGUUGGGUCGUUAUGCCACCGGUAUCUUCUAUCUGGACAAAAAUUCGCAUCUCGCAUCAAAGAAGGACUUUAAUUCGCUAGCAGAAAGCUUGGGGAUACAGGUGAUUUGCUGGCGUGAUGUCCCGACUAAUCAGGAUGCUGUCGGGGCCGUUGCUCGCAAGAGUGAACCAAUGUCACAGCAGGUGUUCGUCACAGCCGACGUUGACGAAGACACAUUCAAGCGGCAAGUAUUCGUCUUACGUAAACGCGCCACUCAUGAGCUGCAGCGCCCAGGACGUCGCUUCUAUAUCUGUUCGCUAUCAACGAAAACUAUUGUCUACAAGGGUCUUUUCACAUCGGACCAACUGUGGGAGUAUUAUCUUGAUCUGAAAAAUCCGGAAUUUACAACCUAUUUGGCACUAGUACACACCCGAUUCAGUACCAAUACGUUCCCAUCCUGGGAACGGGCUCAUCCUUUGCGUGUGUUGGCUCAUAACGGUGAAAUCAAUACGCUUCGUGGAAAUGUCAACUUUAUGAAGGCUCGUGAGGGCGUCAUGAAAAGCGAACUAUUUGGAGACGAAUUGAAGAAGUUGUAUCCCGUUGUUGAGCCAAACCUAUCUGAUUCUGGCUCAUGUGACUGCGUACUGGAGUUUUUAACUCAAGUGGGCAAUCGAUCGCUACCAGAGGCUGUGAUGACCAUGGUUCCAGAGGCAUGGCAAAAUGAUCGAACUAUGUCGCAAGAGAAACGUGAUUUUUAUCAUUGGUCUGCUUGCGUAAUGGAGCCUUGGGACGGACCGGCGUUGAUCUCCUUCACAGAUGGGCGCUACAUAGGAGCCAUUCUAGAUCGUAACGGUUUGCGUCCAUCGCGGUUCUAUGUGACACGUGACAACUUGCUGAUCAUGGCUUCGGAAGUUGGUGUUUACGACGUUGAUCCCAAAAACGUUGCACUAAAGAGUCGUCUCAAGCCAGGUCGAAUGCUGUUGGUUGACACCGAGCAAAAAGCGCUGAUUCAGGACAUAGAAUUAAAGUCACAGAUAUCCCGGUCACGUCCGCACUCCGAAUGGCUGCAGGAGCAGAUAACAAUGGACGAAAUCCGGCAGGAAGCUGCAGAAAGAAAUAUUUACACCGAUCUUGAGACAUACCGACCUGUGGAGAACGAGAGAGGUAUAAUGGAUCCACGAUUGCAAUUGUAUGGAUAUACCACCGAAACCAUUCACAUGUUGCUGCUACCGAUGAUCAAAAAUAAAAAGGAAGCUCUUGGUUCAAUGGGUAACGACGCUCCCCUUGCCUGUCUGUCAGCAUUUCAACCAUUGCCAUAUGAGUAUUUCAAGCAGCUUUUUGCCCAGGUUACUAACCCUCCGAUCGAUCCAUUCCGUGAACAAAUCAUCAUGUCCCUGCAGUGUCCGGUAGGUCCUGAAGCGAACCUUCUGGCAGCGUCUCCUUCGCAGGUACAUCGCAUCUGGCUAGAUAAUCCUAUCCUAAGUAUUCCGGAUGCUGAAAUUCUCAAACGAAAUCAGCAUCGCGGCUGGAAGACUAAGGUUAUCGAUAUCACCUUUCCAGUUGGUGAAGGACCGGACGGCUACAUUGCGACAUUACGACGUGUUUGCACUGAAGCUCACGCGGCAGCCAAAACUGGGUAUCAGUUACUGGUUCUGUCAGACCGUGCGGCCGAUCCAACGCGAGCCCCCGUGUCUGCGUUGCUUGCGCUGGGUUCCGUACAUCAACAUCUGAUUGAAUCCCGUCAACGCAUGAAGGUAGGCCUGAUCAUCGAGACGGCUGAAGCUCGCGAGGUGCACCACUUUUGUGUGCUUUUAGGAUACGGAGCUGAUGCCAUCUGCCCAUACUUGGUCUUUGAAUUGGCCGAAGCACUUCGCGAUGACACAGUCAUCGAUCCUGCACUAACCAACGAGGCAAUCUACAAAGCAUAUGCACAAGCUGUCGAAACCGGCAUUUUGAAAGUUAUGGCAAAGAUGGGAAUAUCCACAUUGCAAUCAUACAAGGGUGCCCAAAUUUUUGAAGCAGUCGGUAUGGGAGCGGAUGUGAUUGAUUUUUGCUUCCGUGGGACUCAGUCUCGUAUUGGAGGUGUAAACCUUGAAGUGCUGGCGAUGGAAGGACUCCAACGUCAUAAUCUUGUAUAUGGAAGUCAUAACACCGAUAUAAAAAUUCUUCGCAAUCCUGGUCAGUAUCACUGGAGAGCUGGUGGUGAGGGUCACAUUAAUGAACCAGCAGCAAUUGCGGCCCUGCAGGAAGCAGCAGUUAAUGAGAACAAGGGAGCCUACGCUCGUUUCCGCGAUACUACAAUGAAUAGCGUCGAACAGUGUGCUUUGAGAGGACAGCUUGAAUUUGUAAAGGGUCGACCUAAAAUCGAUAUUAACGAGGUUGAACCAGCUAGUGAGAUUGUUAAGCGGUUUGCCACGGGAGCCAUGAGCUUUGGUAGUAUUUCGCUGGAAGCCCAUACUACGCUUGCUAUUACUAUGAACCGAAUCGGUGGCAAAAGUAAUACUGGUGAAGGAGGUGAAAACGCCGAUCGUUAUCUGAAUCAAGAUCCUAACCACAACAAACGCUCAGCUAUAAAACAAGUAGCCUCAGGUCGAUUUGGAGUCACGGCUGCCUACAUAGCUAAUGCUGAUGAUCUGCAGAUCAAAAUGGCUCAAGGUGCAAAGCCCGGUGAGGGUGGAGAACUUCCGGGAUACAAGGUUACGCAGGACAUUGCCACGACUCGUCAUUCGGUUGCUGGUGUAGGACUGAUUUCACCACCACCCCAUCAUGACAUUUAUUCGAUCGAAGAUCUAGCAGAAUUAAUCUAUGAUUUGAAAUGCGCUAACCCAAAAGCUCGUAUAAGCGUUAAACUAGUAUCGGAGGUAGGAGUUGGCGUGGUAGCGUCUGGUGUUGCUAAAGGCAAAGCAGAGCAUGUUGUAAUUUCCGGCCAUGAUGGUGGCACCGGAGCUAGCUCGUGGACUGGUAUCAAGUCAGCUGGGUUGCCAUGGGAGUUGGGUGUUGCUGAAACCCAUCAGGUCUUAGUUUUGAACGAUCUACGUUCAAGAGUUGUAGUUCAAGCGGAUGGACAAUUGCGUACCGGCUUUGAUGUUGUAGUUGCAGCAAUACUCGGUGCUGAUGAGUUCGGGUUCAGUACCGCUCCUCUCAUCGUGAUGGGCUGCACGAUGAUGCGCAAAUGCCAUCUGAAUACUUGCCCAGUUGGUAUCGCUACCCAAGACCCAGUACUUCGUGCUAAGUUCGCUGGAAAACCAGAACAUGUCAUUAACUAUUUCUUCAUGUUAGCGGAAGAGAUUCGCGAGAUCAUGGCUAGUUUGGGUCUACGCAAGUUUCAGGAACUUAUUGGCCGCACCGAUUUGUUACAGGUUCGCAAAAAUGUCAGCCACAAAGCUUCUUUGCUUGAUCUUCAGUUGUUGCUGAAAAGUGCACUGGACCUUCGUCCAGGAACAAACAUCAUUGGAGGAUCAGUGCGACAGGACUUUGCACUUGGUGAUCGAGCUGAUUACUUUUUGAUUAAAAAAUGCCAGGGAGUUCUAGCUGGAAGUGAACAGUCUAUCACGUUGAAUAUGAAAAUUAAAAAUGAAGAGCGUGCAUUUACCAGCACAUUGAGCUACGAAAUCGCUCGUAAAUAUGGGGACUCUGGUUUGCCGGAAGGUCGCUCAAUCAACAUCAAUCUAACUGGAUCAGCUGGCCAAAGUUUUGGUGCUUUUUUGGUAAACGGAAUCAACCUGUACUUGGUUGGAGAUGCUAACGAUUACGUCGGCAAAAGUUUGUCUGGAGGAACAAUUGUCAUUCGCCCACCGGAAGAGUCACCCUUCGAGUCUCACUUGAAUGUUAUUGUAGGCAACGUUUGUUUAUAUGGCGCCACCUCUGGUAGAGCAUAUUUCCGUGGUAUUGCUGCGGAACGCUUCUGCGUACGAAAUUCUGGAGUAACCGCCGUUGUAGAAGGUGUAGGUGAUCAUGGCUGCGAAUACAUGACUGGUGGUUUAGUUUUAAUCUUGGGACUAACUGGUCGCAACUUCGCAGCUGGAAUGUCAGGUGGAAUUGCUUACGUGCUGGAUAUUGACGGAACAUUCCGCUCCAAAGUGAACUCAGGUAUGGUUGAGUUGCUUGGGUUAGACCUAGAUGAAGAUCGAUUGGUGGUUAAAACCCUGCUGGAGGAGUUUGUCGAAAAAACAGACUCGGAAAUCGCCAAGGAGCUGCUCUCGAAGUGGCCAGAGCCGUGUCAACAAUUCGUAAAAGUGUUCCCGUAUGAAUAUCAAAAAGCAUUGAAGGCACAGAAAGAAGAACUUGCUUUGCAGAAAGAGCUUAAAGCUAUUACUAAUGGUACACCGAAACAUGAACCAAAGGUGAAGGAUAUCGAGGAAACAAUCCAAGAUGCUGCGCUAGCGAAGAAAAAAUUGGAUCAAGCUUUGGAUAAGACACGGGGAUUUAUUAAAUACAAACGAGAAGCUACAAGUUAUCGCAAUGCGGUAGAACGUCAAAAGGAUUGGAAAGAAGUAUACAACUUUGCUCAUGUUCGAAAGAAUCUUAAGAUGCAAGCAGCUCGUUGCAUGGAAUGUGGUGUACCUUUCUGUCAAUCCAACUCGCAUGGAUGUCCGUUGGGCAAUAUCAUCCCCAAAUGGAACGACUUAGUAUUCCAAGACUACUGGAAAGAAGCCAUCAAUCAGUUGUUACAAACUAACAACUUUCCAGAAUUUACGGGACGAGUUUGUCCAGCCCCCUGUGAGGGCGCUUGUGUCCUGGGUAUUUCUGAGCCAGCUGUAACGAUCAAAAAUAUUGAAUGCACUAUUAUUGACCAUGCUUUUGAACAAGGAUGGAUUAAACCUCAAAUUCCGGCUGAACGCACUGGUAAGAGAGUUGCCGUCAUAGGUUCCGGCCCAGCUGGACUUGCCGCUGCACAACAACUUAACAAAGCUGGUCAUCUUGUUACCGUCUUCGAAAGAAACGAUCAUCCGGGAGGAUUGCUUCAGUACGGCAUUCCAACCAUGAAAUUGUCGAAACAAGUUGUUAAGCGGCGUAUUGAUUUGAUGAUUGAUGAGGGGAUCGUGUUCAAGUGUAAUGUUCACAUUGGCAAGGAUUUGAUGGCAUCACAAUUGGAGAAAGAUUACGAUGCAGUUUUGUUUACCACCGGAGCUACUUGGCCCCGUGAUCUAAACCUGCCGAACAGAGAUCUUAAAGGCAUUCAUUUUGCAAUGGAAUUUUUGGAGGCCAGCCAGAAGAAACUGCUUGGUACUCGCCAAGAUUGCAUUUCGGCUGAAGGAAAGAACGUCAUCAUCAUCGGCGGUGGUGACACUGGUUGCGAUUGCAUAGCAACUUCAUUGCGUCAGGGUGCUAAAACUAUUACCACUUUUGAGAUUUUGCCGACACCACCGGAGAAAAGAGCACACGAUAAUCCGUGGCCCCAGUGGCCAAAAAUAUUCCGAGUCGAUUACGGACAUGAGGAAGUACGAGUGAAAUGGGGCAAAGAUCCCCGACAGUACAGCACAACAACAAAGGAGUUUAUAAGUGAUGGUAACGGACACAUUAAAGGGGUCAAUACGAUAGAAGUUGAGUGGACGCAAAGCCCGACCGGACAGUGGAAAAUGGCCGAAGUACCGGGAACCGAGAAACAUUUCCCUGCUGAUUUAAUAUUACUCGCCAUGGGAUUUUUGGGACCAGAACAGGCAGCUCCAACCGAGAUGAAACUUGAAUUGGAUGGCAGAGGCAACAUUAAAACGUCAGUCGGUACAUAUGGCACGGCCAAGCCGAAAGUUUUUGCCGCCGGUGACUGUAGAAGAGGACAAUCGCUCGUCGUUUGGGCCAUUUCUGAGGGACGACAGGCUGCUCGACAAAUCGAUUGCUACUUAAUGGGUAAGCCCAGCUCACUCCCCGGUCCAGGAGGUGUUGUAGACCCCUCGCGAACGCCAUAAAUCUCAAAAAAGCAUACAAUUUCACCAAUAUGUGUACCAGAGCUUCAUUGACUCACGUCGUAUAAGUGCGAGGUUUAUCAAUAUUGGUAGCUCCAGAAGCGAUAUUCCCAGGUCAGACAUUCAACAACAUUCAAUCAGUAAGAGCUAAUAACAGGUUUACUAUUAAACAAUAUACAGUAAAGUAUGUUCGAUACGUCCAGUAGGUUCGAUACGAACCCAAAAUAGAUGGAAAUGGAACAGGUCUAGUUUGCUUCAGAAUCCUUUUAUGAGCGUCUUAGUAGAAUGCUAUAAAAAGAGAAAGAAACGAUUUGAACGGAAAAUAGUCUUCCUUUUGGUUCUUUCUUUGUUUAUUGUUGUUCUCAUUCAUGUCUUUUAUUUGUAUGGGAUUCAUCAUUGUUUGUAAAACAUUAUAGCAUACUAUUUACUACACUACCGCUGUGUAGUAAUAGUAGUCUAUUACUACUAACUAAUACUACUCAUGUCUAAUAUAAAUGAUUGUGAUUUAUGUUUAUUUCAAACACUUCAUUGUAUUAUUUUUUAGACGCUAAACACGCUUUGUUAUGAUGAAUAAAUUUUAAUUUUACUAUCUAGUUCAUCAACCAAAAACAUGUAAUUAUCAUUUACUACCAGCUAUAGCAAUUCGUCACCUACAUUCGUUAAAAUAAGUGGACUACACAAAAAUCCGACAUAUUUUAUUUACACUGUGAUGUAAUUUUUCUGGAUGUAGAAAAAAUCUAAGUUGCCAAGUAUAAAGUGACAUGCUUAAAGCAGAAGAUGCAACAUAUCUGUGUUAAUAUUGUCAUUUUAGAAGACAAACGGUUAGAGAUUUAAUCAUGUUGAUUAGUCGCUGUUUUGGUUAUUCUCUCGAAAAUACAGUUUCACUUAUCUGCUGCUUUUUGUUUUUCUGAUGUUCUGUUUUUCCAUUUCAUCUCCAUAUUCUGUUACGUCGACACAGUCGUAUUUAUCAUACCUGACCGAUUGUGGUUGAAGAAUCAAUAACAAUCAAUUCGGUAUAACUUGAACACUACAUUAUCAAAUAUACCUCAUGUCCGAAGAAAAAACUGUUGCAGUUUAACCCUGAAUAUCACUAAAAGACAGAAAAUUUAAAGACUUCAAUGUUGUUUGGCAUUUUCAGUUGAUGGUUAUCUAAGCCCUCAUUUUACAUUGAGCUACCGCUCUUUUUCGUAAAAUGAUCGUCCUUUAUAUUUUAAUAUAAAUAUGCUCUGGAAAUAUACAGUCAAUUAAAUUAUAACACAUACUAUAAAAAACUUAUUUUGCAAAAGUGAGUAUAAAAAACCUAUACUGGAACCUGUUAUUUACGUGUAUUGACAAUAAUUAGAAAUCUAAUGUUUGUGUGUUUACAAACCUAUACACUUGAUAUACUUACUCUCGUAGUCGUUCUAUGGCUCAUGAAAGCACAUUAGUAUAAAAUAGAGCAUGAAAGAACAAGUCCUUUCUACAAAAAAAAAAAAAAACUAGAGAAAAUUUUUUUCUAACAAUCGUGGUGCAGCUCGUUUAUUUCAAUUGUGACUGAAAAAAGACGCUUCAUUCAAUUUAUUAAUAUACCUUCUUGAAUAAAUAGCAUCACAUAUCUGCCCUGCAAAUACGAGUCAUACCUUAAAAACAUUUCAUUGCUGAAAUGGGUAUUUAUUAAGACCAGGUUGCUUUACCUUUGUAAAAUAUAAGAAAACAUGUGAUUGAACGCAAAUCCGAACUGUUUCCUUGUUACUAAAGAACGUAAUCGUUUUGUCAAACGUGCAUGUUACAUUAAGUUAGACUACGAUAUAUGUUAUCGCUAUAAAAACUAUACGUUAUCGAAUCAUAUUUACUGAAAGUUCCAAAUUGUUCGAAGUUGUGAGAAAAGCAACGAUACGGAUUGGCAAAUAUUUACAACAUUUGAGGUUAAACCGGGUUUAGAUGAUAAAUGGCAAUAUGAAAUCCUGAUAGGAUCAUCAAAAUUGAACACUGGUUUAUAAACAAUAGAGAUAAAUAAAAACAAAUAUAUUCGAAAAUAACGAACCGCUCAAGCAGCGCCAAAUGCGUCUAAGUCUUGAAGUGAUACCAAAUUACAUACACAGUAACUAUCCAACACAGAGCACCAUUCAGAAAGCCGUCGUCAUGUAGAUCCCAAAAAAUAUAUAUAUGACUAUCAGCUUGAAGUUGUUCAAUAAAUGUAGAAAUGCAA